AUGGGCCUCUGUCAAACGUGGCCUCGGCUCCGAAUCCGGCUCCCAGUGUUACAAGCCUGCGGGUUGCACUCGGCAGCUGUGCCGACACCUCCACACUGGUUGGCAGAGCGGCUUUGUCUUUUUGAGGAGCUAUGGGCUGCUCAGGUAAAGAGGUCAACAAACAUUGCACAAAAAGAACGUCGGACUAUUAAAAUAUCACUUCCUGCAGGCCAGAAAGUGGAUGCUGUGGCAUGGAACACAACCCCUUACCAAUUAGCCCAGCAGAUCAGUUCAACUCUGGCAAAUACUGCAGUGGCAGCGCAGGUAAAUGGAGAACUUUAUGAUCUGGAUCGACCCUUAGAGACAGAUUGUGACAUCAGAUUUGUGACAUUUGAUUCUCCAGAGGGGAAAGCGGUGUUCUGGCACUCCAGCACUCAUGUCCUGGGGGCAGCAGCUGAGCAGCUCCUAGGGGCUAUCCUCUGUCGAGGUCCAAGUACAGAAUGUGGUUUCUACCAUGAUUUCUUCCUGGGAAAAGAGCGGACUGUCCAGGGCUCAGAACUCCCUGUUUUGGAACAGAUUUGCCGGGAACUUGCAGCUGCUGCUCUACCCUUCAGGCGACUAGAGGUUUCCAGGGAUCAGCUUUGCCAGCUUUUUAAGGAUAACCCCUUUAAGCUUCGACUGAUUGAGGAGAAAGUGACAAGUCCAGUAGCAACAGUAUAUGGGUGUGGCAUGUUGGUUGAUCUUUGCCAGGGCCCCCAUCUUCGGCAUACUGGACUGAUUGGAGGCCUGAAGUUGCUAACGAACUCCUCAUCCUUGUGGAAGGUUUCUGGGGCCCCAGAGACUCUGCAGCGAGUGUCAGGGAUUUCCUUCCCCACAGCAGAGGGGCUGCAGGCUUGGGAAGAAUGGAGGGAGGAAGCAGAAUUGCGGGACCACCGGCGCAUUGGGAAGGAACAAGAGCUCUUCUUCUUCCAUGAACUGAGCCCUGGGAGCUGCUUCUUCCUGCCACGAGGCACAAGGGUGUAUAAUGCACUGGUGGCUUUUAUCAGGGCUGAGUACGCCCGCCGUGGUUUCUCAGAAGUAAAAACCCCAAUGCUGUUUUCUACAAAACUCUGGGAACAGUCAGGACACUGGGAGCAUUAUAGGGAAGACAUGUUUGUCCUGCAGCCCUCUGGCUCUGACAGACCUGCCAGCUCCCCGACAGACCACUCCACACUCGCCCUCAAACCUAUGAACUGCCCGGCACACUGCCUGAUGUUCGCCCACCGGCCCAGAUCCUGGCGAGAGCUGCCCCUACGGCUGGCAGACUUUGGGGUCCUGCACCGUGCUGAGGCUUCUGGCAGUCUUGGGGGACUGACUCGGCUGCGAUGCUUCCAGCAGGAUGACGCACACAUCUUCUGCACCCCAGAUCAGCUGGAAGCAGAGAUCCGAGACUGCCUUGAUUUCCUCCGCUCUGUCUAUGCUGUCCUUGGCUUCUCCUUUCGCCUGGCACUGUCCACCCGGCCAUCUGACUUCCUAGGGGAGUCUUGCCUGUGGGACCAGGCUGAGCAGGCCCUUCAACAGGCCCUGGAAGAAUUUGGGGAGCCCUGGGACCUCAGACCUGGAGAUGGGGCCUUCUAUGGGCCUAAAAUUGAUGUGCACCUCCAGGAUGCCUUGGGGCGGCCCCAUCAGUGUGGGACAAUCCAACUGGACUUUCAACUACCCCUGAGAUUUGAUCUCCAGUACAGAGGGCAUGUGGGGGCCCUGGAGCGGCCUGUCCUCAUUCACCGAGCAGUGCUAGGCUCCGUGGAAAGAAUGUUGGGAGUGCUGGCAGAAAGCUGUGGGGGGAAAUGGCCACUGUGGCUAUCACCGUUCCAGGUGGUCGUUAUCCCUGUGGGGCCUGAGCAGGAGGAAUAUGCCAGGGAGGCACAACAGAGCCUACAGGCCGUAGGACUGGUUGGUGACCUGGAUGCUGAUUCUGGCCUGACCCUCAGCCGGAGAGUCCGCCGGGCCCAACUUGCCCACUACAAUUUUCAGUUUGUGGUUGGUCAGAAAGAGCAAAGUAGGAGAACAGUGAAUAUUCGGACUCGAGAGAAUCGUUUACUUGGGGAGCGCAACUUGACUGAGGCUGUGGGCCGGCUGCUAGAGCUACAGAACACCAGGGUCCCAAAUGCUGAAGAAAUAUUCUGAGCCUUUGUACAGAGAUGAG